AUGGCAGAACUAAGGGUUGGUGGAAAAUAUAUUUUAGGUCGAAAAAUAGGGAAAGGGUCAUUUGGCGAUAUUUAUUUAGGAUGCAAUACCCAAACUCAUGAGGAAGUCGCAAUUAAAUUAGAAAACAUUCGAUCAAGGCAUCCUCAGCUCUUAUUUGAAUCAAAAAUAUACAGAAUAUUGCAAGGAGGAAUAGGCAUUCCAACAAUCUAUUGGUUUGGGAUUGAAGGCGAAUACAACGUAUUGGUGAUGGAUCUUUUGGGACCUUCACUAGAAGAUCUUUUUUCCUUCUGCAAUCGAAGAUUUUCGCUCAAAACAGUCUUAAUUUUAGCUGAGCAAAUGAUAUCUCGAAUUGAGUUUGUCCAUGCGAAAAAUUUUUUACAUCGAGAUAUCAAGCCAGAUAAUUUUUUGAUUGGGCUCGGAAGAAAAGCUAAUCAAGCUUAUUUGAUUGAUUUUGGAUUAGCUAAGAGAUAUCGAGAUCCUCGGACACAGCAGCAUAUUCCAUAUAAAGAAGGAAAAAAUCUUACAGGUACUGCAAGGUACGCAUCUUUAAAUACUCAUCUUGGUAUUGAACAAUCAAGAAGAGAUGAUUUAGAAGGAUUAGGAUACGUUUUUGUUUAUUUUUUACAAGGAACUCUGCCUUGGCAAGGCCUUCAAGCUUUAACAAAAAAAGAAAAAUACGAAAAAAUAAUGAUAAGUAAAAUGUCGACAAGCAUUGAAACUAUGUGUAAAGGGCUGCCUAACGAGUUUUUUAUUUUUUUGAAUUACUGUCGUGGGCUAAGAUUUGAAGAUAGGCCAGACUACUCAUAUUUAAAGCACUUGUUUAAAGAAUUAUCAUUAAAAGAAAGCUAUCAGAAUGAUUUUAUUUUUGAUUGGACUAUAUUAAAUUCCGCAAAAAAUAUAGUGAAAGAAGAAGAAAAGAAAAAAAUUAGCGAGAUAGAAAAAAAAUCAAACGGUAUAAAUUGGCGGAUAACCCAAGCUUCUUAA